UCCUAUCCGCAGUUGGCAUCCGUCACGUCACACUUAAGUCACGGCAUUCGAGCAUCUGCAAUUGUCGCUCCGCUCGGUUUCAGUGAAUAGGACUUUUUUGCGGUUGAAUUCCUAAUUUAAACACAAUUUCUUUCCAGAUAACAAUAAGUCAUCACCAUGAACACUCUGAACCAACAGUAUGAGGAGAAGGUGCGUCCCUGCAUCGACCUCAUCGACUCUCUUCGCUCUCUGGGUGUAGAGAAGGACUUGGCGCUGCCAGCUAUCGCCGUGAUUGGAGACCAAAGCUCGGGGAAGAGCUCCGUGUUGGAGGCGCUGUCAGGGGUGGCUCUGCCAAGAGGAAGUGGCAUUGUGACAAGAUGUCCUCUCGAACUGAAGAUGAAGCGAAGGCGAGAAGGAGAGGAGUGGUACGGAAAGAUAAGCUACCAGGACUGUGAGAAAGAGAUAGAAGACCCCGCAGAUGUGGAGAAAAAGAUUAGAGACGCUCAGGACGAAAUGGCCGGGGUUGGGGUGGGGAUCAGUGAUGACCUCAUCAGUCUGGAGAUCGCCUCUCCUGAUGUUCCAGACCUGACGCUCAUUGACCUGCCCGGCAUCGCCAGGGUGGCUGUAAAGGGACAACCAGAGAACAUUGGAGACCAGAUAAAGAGACUGAUCCAGAAGUUCAUCAAAAGACAAGAAACCAUCAGCUUGGUGGUUGUUCCAUGCAACGUGGACAUAGCAACCACAGAGGCUUUGAAGAUGGCACAGGAGGUGGAUCCUGAUGGGGAGAGGACUCUGGGUAUCUUGACCAAGCCCGACCUGGUGGACAAAGGCACAGAAGAGACAGUGGUUGAUAUUGUCCAUAACGAGGUCAUCCACCUGAAGAAGGGCUACAUGAUCGUCCGGUGCAGGGGUCAGAAGGACAUCACAGAUAAGGUGUCUCUGACCGAAGCAAUAGAAAGAGAGAAAGCCUUCUUCAACGAUCAUGUGCAUUUUCAAACUCUCUACAAUGACGGCCACGCUACUGUUCCUAAACUGGCUGAGAAACUCACGCUUGAGCUGGUGCAUCACAUUGAGAGAUCUCUGCCUCGACUGGAAGAGCAGAUAGAGGAGAAACUAGCACAGACUCAAGCAGAGCUGGAGAGAUACGGCACUGGACCCCCAACGGAUGCAGCUGAGAGACUCUUCUUCCUCAUUGAUAAAGUGACAGCUUUCACUCAGGAUGCCAUCAGUCUGACUACAGGAGAGGAACUCAAGUGUGGAGACCGGCUCAAUGUCUUUUCUACACUCAGAAGAGAGUUUGGGAAGUGGAAUGCCCACCUGGACCACUCCGGAGAAAAGUUUAACAAGAGGAUUGAGAGAGAGGUGGAGGAAUAUGAAGAGAAGUACCGUGGAAGAGAACUGCCGGGCUUCAUCAACUACAAGACCUUUGAGAUCAUGGUGAAGGACCAGCUCAAAGAGCUGGAAGAACCCGCUGUCAAGAAACUCAAGGAAAUAGGAGAUGCUGUUCGGAAGGUGUUCAUACAGCUGGCCAUAAGUAGCUUCAUUGGAUUUCCUAACCUCAUUAAAACAGCCAAGACAAAGAUCGAAGCCAUCAAGCAACAAAAAGAGUCCACUGCUGAAGCCAUGCUGAGAACCCAGUUCAAGAUGGAGCUGAUUGUUUACUCUCAGGACAGGACAUACAGCAGCAGUUUGAGUGACAGGAAAAAAGAGGAGGAAGAGGAUGAGGAGGAAGGCAGACGGAGUGGCAGGUCAUUAGGCCUACUACAUAAAGAAAGGAGUAUUGUGUACAGCAUGGAUAAUCAUGCAACGCUCCAGGAGCUGAUGUUGCACCUUAAAUCAUACUACAAAAUUGCCGGCCAGCGUCUGGCUGACCAGAUCCCGCUGGUGAUCCGCUACCAGAUGUUGCAGGAGUCUGCCAUCCAGCUGCAGAGGGAGAUGCUGCAGAUGCUUCAGGAUAGAGAGAAUUUGGAGUUCUUGCUGAAGGAGGAUUGUGACAUCGGCAGCCAGAGGGCUGCUUUGCAGAGUCGCCUUAACCGCCUCAUGAAGGCCCGCAGAUACCUGGUGGAGUUCUAGAGGAGGCCUCCGAGGCCUAACAGCAUGAGUUCACUUCACCUUGUUCAUUUAGCAAAUGCAGUACAAUUUCGGUUGCAGGAUUGCUAUACUAAAUGUUUUUUACAGUGUUGAUUGUUAAUGGACACAUUUGCCUUAGAUGUAACAGCUAAGUCAAAACAGGUCAGUAUGUGGGGGGUCGUUUUAAUUGUACUGUAAUAUGUAUUCCAGUUAAAGGAGUUCUGCCUGUUAUUUCACACGGCAAAAGCAGAUCAUAGGAGCACACUAUAUAGGUUCAAUUCCUUCCAGGGAACUUAUAGAAUUGAAAUAGGGAAUAGAAAGAUUUUAUAGUCAUUAUAGUAAAUACAACGCAAUUAGGAGCGCUACUCCUGAUCAGUGCAAUACAAAACAACUGUCAACAAGACAACAACUUAAGCACACAACAGCCAACAACACAGCUCCAAACAUACGUGUUUUAAUAUUAUAUAUUAAUAUUAUAACUUAUCUUCCCCAGAAAAGAUUAUUGACAUUGUGCCAAUAUUUUCAUGCUUUGUCAUUGUUUCCUACUGAUGGCUGGCCAUGCACAUAGUUAGUGUUUCUUAAUCUAUAAUUACAGACUUAAACAUUAUUCAAAUGCAUCUUUUUGUAUACAUUUUUUCAAAUGUAUUUGUUUAAAUAAAGCAACGGUUCGACUUGAA